UGAUUUUAUAAAAUAAGGUUCAGCAAUCAACAAAGGAUUGUGGACGCGUUGAUCGGGUACCAAAUAAGACCAUACGCGUCACAAACCAUAAAUACAAACGCCCAACGAGUCUGGUUAUCAUUCACACUACCCCACAACCUCUUCAUCUCCCACUUCAUCAAAUGGCACCUAAACCAGUCUCAACCGCCUCAAAGGCCCCUGCUUCCACUGCUGCCUCAAAGGCACCUGCAAAGACCACCGACAAGGCCAAGAAGGCUACCAAGACUUCUGCCGCUGCUGCUGCGGGGGCUGAUGGUGAGAAGAAGAAGCGUCGUAAAGUUCGCAAGGAGACCUACUCCAGUUACAUCUACAAGGUGUUGAGGCAGGUACACCCUGAUACCGGUAUCUCCAACAAGGCCAUGGCCAUCCUCAACUCGUUUGUCAACGACAUUUUCGAGCGCAUUGCAACUGAAGCAUCCAAACUUGCUGCUUACUCCAAAAAAUCGACAAUAUCUUCCCGGGAGAUCCAAACAUCUGUACGACUUAUUCUACCUGGUGAACUUGCCAAGCACGCCAUCUCGGAAGGCACAAAGAGUGUCACCAAGUUCUCGAGCUCAUCAGCGAAGUAGGCUUAUCCUUGAUUGUUCUACUACUGUUGUCUCGUUGGACAGCAUGGGCUGUUGUAUUUUAGGUGUAUCAUUUACAUUAUUUUAAUCUACUCUUUUCGAUCGGGAACCUGCUGAGUGCAUGAACCUCAAACAAUGAGUACCACGCUUCACGGCGGGCGUCACUAGCACUAACCACCGAUGUACAAUACAUGCUUGGUGACAGUGUUGUCCAAGAUCACAGUCAGAUAACGUAAGAAUCAUAAUGCAUUGGCAU